UGGGAAUAUAAGAAUGGGAAAGGAUUAAUAUUACACAACAAGAAAAUCUGCAGACUUUGGAGCUACCAGUUGAAAUGUGCCCUACACUUUUCCUUUGCUGAGGUCUCAACAACCUGGAAACCAAAACCUUCUCUCACUUCAGACCGGUGUGAUCAUCCUCUCUCAACAUGGAUAGUCUUGGAUGGAAAGGCAGAUUACAGGUGGCAUAUGUUCUUAGUAUCAUCUUGAUCAUGCUGCCUUGUCCAGUUACACAAGGGGCUAAAAUAUUGGUUGUACCUGUUGAUGGUAGUCACUGGAUCAAUAUGGAGAUUCUAAUAGAAGAAUUGAAACUUCACGGACACGACAUCACAGUGCUUUAUACCUCAUCAACUUGGUAUAUUAAAGAAAGACCAGAUCUGUAUCAAUCCAUCUUAAUUCAAGUACAACAAAGAACUGGACAAGCUGAAAUGAGUAAAGUGAUUCAAAGUCUGGUGGAAAAAUCAUUGGGAAUCUCACAAAAUGGUUGGACAACAUGGGGCAAAAUUAAGUUGCAAUAUGAAAUGAAUUUGGGUAUUUAUAAUUUCCAUAAAUUGUCUCUAAAGGGAGCUGGAGAAUUUUUUGAAAACAAAACUUUGUUAAAACAACUUGAGAAUGAAAAUUUUGACCUCAUACUUGCAGAUCCUGUUUUUGGUACUGGUCCAAUGCUUGCUUAUUAUUUAAAAGUCCCGCUGGUGUAUAAUGUCCGAUGGCAGAUGAGUGAAGAAGCUCAUUUCCUCUUUGCCGCAUCACCACCUUCCUAUGUCCCAAUCCCUGGCUCACACUUCACAGAUAAAAUGAAUUUUUUCCAAAGAACAGAAAACCUCAUCCAAAAUCUUCAUCAGCUGGUAUUUUCAGAGUUUUUUCUAUACCCUAUUUAUAAUGAAGUCUGUCAUCGAUAUCUGGGACCAGAUAUAGACAUCCAAACACUCCUCCUGAGGGCUGAUGUGUGGCUGAUGAGAGUCGAUUUUGUAUUUGAAUUCCCACGACCCACCAUGCCAAAUAUUGUGUACAUUGGAGGCUUCCAGUGUAAACCAGCCCAACCACUAGCAGCAGAGUUUGAAGAGUUUGUCCAAAGCUCAGGGAAGCACGGACUGAUUGUGAUGUCAUUGGGGUCCAUUGUCAGUUCCUUGCCGAUGCAGAUCACAAUGCAGGUAGCAGAGGCUUUUGCUCAAGUGCCUCAGAAGGUUAUUUGGAGAUAUGAUGGAGAAAUCCCUCCCAAUGUAGGAAGUAACACACUACUCGUAAAAUGGAUCCCUCAGAACGACCUGCUAGGCCACCCCAACACACGAGUCUUUGUUUCUCAUGGUGGCACCAAUGGCAUUUACGAAGCCAUCUACCACGGGGUGCCAGUGAUUGGCAUGCCUCUAAUUUUUGACCAGUUUGACAAUUUAUUUCGACUUGAAUCCCGAGGUGCAGCCAAAGUGAUGAAUGUUGCGACCAUGCAUUCAACAGAUCUAUUGCAGGCACUGAAUGAGCUGAUAAACAGUACAUUUUAUCGGGAUAACAUGAAGAAACUCUCUGCUCUCCACCGGGACCAACCAGAGUCUCCAAUGGAGAGAGCCGUUUUCUGGAUUGAGUAUGUUGCCCGACACAAAGGAGCAGGGCAUUUGCGCUCAGAAUGCUACCGACUCCCCUGGUACGUUUACUAUUGUGUAGAUGUGAUGAUCUUCCUAAUGUCUGUGUUACUCUUGCUUACAGUGCUGGUGGUUGUAACAUUGAAGAAACUUUGUAAUAUUGUUCGGAAGAAAAAGCAAAAGAAUGAUUAAGGUUACGCCAUUUUGUGCUGGGAGUUAGUGUUUUAAUUUCUUUUAAAUUAGUUGAGGGAUGUUUUUACUGUGCUUAAUCAAUGGAACAUUCUUUUCAGAAAUCACGAAUUUAGCAAAGUCUAUUAUGAAAACAAAACAGCAGUGAUAGGUCAGUGAAAUAAUUGGCUUUACAGAUUAACAUGCACAGAAAAAAUGUAACUACCUGUACCACAAUUUGUAGGAAUGUUACUUAAAAAUUAAGUAACAUUCUUUCACUUGGCCACAAACUUUGGGAUUCAUUAGCAGGGUGACCUUUUCUGUGCUAUUUUCUCAUCUACUGAAUAAUAGCCAAACAUCUCACCACACACUCUCAAUCUGUCAGCAUGCUUGGUUCCUUUCCAGAACCCUCAUUAUUGUAAGCAACACACACAAAAUACUGGAGUAACUCAGCAGGUCAGGCAACAUCUAUAGAGAACAGUAAACUGUCAACGUUUUGUGUUGAGACGCUUCUUCAGGACUCCCAUUAUUGUCAGUGAUGGUAUGAAAAGCAGAAGCUUUUGCUCAAGUACCUCACAAGGUUAUUUGGAUAUAUGAUGGAGAAAUCCCUGCCAACAUGGGAAAUAAUGCUUAUCUUUUCAUUAAAUAUGCAAUAUGUUUGAGGAUCAGAA